GCCGCUGAGAGAGGAUCUGGAAAUGACAAAGACUUACGUGAAGCCCAAGGAGAUGUCGGAAGUGGCCAGCACACCAUCCUGGGUGGACAAAGGUCUGGGUUCUCAGAAUGAGAUGAAGGAGGAGGAGAGAAGACCCGCUGCUUACGGGGUGCUUGGCAGCUUAGCCGAAGAGCACGACAGCAUAGAGGAGGAAGACGAGGAGGAAGAGGAUGGGGAGAAGCCCAAGAGACGGGGUCCCAAGAAAAAGAAAAUGACCAAAGCUCGCCUGGAACGAUUUAGAGCCCGAAGGGUCAAGGCCAAUGCCAGGGAGCGGACACGAAUGCACGGGCUGAACGAUGCGCUGGACGACCUGCGGAGGGUGGUGCCAUGGUACUCCAAGACCCAGAAGCUCUCCAAGAUAGAGACACUUAGGCUGGCCAGGAACUACAUUUGGGCUCUGUCAGAGGUCCUGGAGACGGGCCAGACCCCCGAAGGGAAGGGCUUCGUGGAGAUGCUCUGUAAAGGGCUCUCCCAGCCCACAAGCAACCUGGUGGCCGGGUGCCUGCAGCUGGGCCCGCAGGCUGUGCUCCUGGAGAAGCGCGAGGACACGUCCCUUUGUGGCUCUGCCAUCUCCGUCCAUGACUUCAACUAUCAGUCUCCCGGGCUGCCCAGCCCGCCCUACGGCCACAUGGAAACACAUCUUAUUAACCUCAAGCCCCCAGUGUUCAAGGGCUUGGGCGACCCCUCCUUUGGCAGCCACCCCCCUGACUGCAGAACCCCCCCUUAUGAGGGCCCACUGACUCCACCUCUGAGUAUCAGUGGGAACUUUUCCUUGAAGCAAGAUGGCUCUCCCGAUCUGGAUAAAUCGUACGGCUUCGUCCCGCACUAUCCUUCUGCCAGCCUCAGCUCAGGACACCUACAUUCAACCCCCUUUCAGGUGGGUGCUCCCCACUAUGAUGUUCCCCUCGAUAUGUCCUAUGACUCUUACCCCCACCCUGGCCUCGGCGCCCAACUCAAUACAAUCUUCACUGAUUAG